UGUAGGUCCAGACGUUACAGGAGCUGCCCCAGCUCGUGAUUGGACGACUGCAUGCCACGUGCACUUACUAUGCCACACGAGCACAUUUGAUUACCUGACAGGUUGCUCUGCUGGGCUCUGGAGGAAGCUCACUAAGGUUUCGACUGCAGCUGCUGAGUAACCGUCUGUGGAGUAAACAGAGGUCGUCCCCAAGACUUUAACUUUUUAAUGCAUUAAGUUGGGACUGCUUUUUAACAACAACGAUGGCUUUGAGCUCGUUCGACAUCGACGCACCACGAUGGGAUCAGUCCACGUUUAUGGGUCGACUGAAACACUUCUUCAACAUCACAGACUGGCGAACGGCGAUCUUACCCGACUCGCGCCUGGAUGAAGCCAAAGCUUUAGUAGAAAGCUGCAGGGCAGGAUCCGUCCCUCCCGGCACCACGGAGGAGCAGCUCCACUACGCUAAGAAGCUGUACGACUCGGCCUUCCACCCGGACACGGGAGACCGCAUGAACCUCAUCGGCCGCAUGUCCUUCCAGGUCCCCGGAGGCAUGGCCAUCACCGGCUUCAUGCUGCAGUUCUACAGGACAGUUCCUGCUGUGGUGUUCUGGCAGUGGGUGAAUCAGUCCUUCAACGCUCUGGUCAACUACACAAACCGUAACGCUGCCUCCCCCAUCACUCCCAAGCAGAUUGGAGUCGCCUACAUUACAGCAACCAGCACAGCAUUAGCAACAGCAGUCGGACUCAACCUCUACACAAAGAAAGCUCCUCCUCUCGUGGCUCGCUGGGUCCCGUUUGCAGCGGUGGCGGCCGCCAACUGUGUCAACAUUCCCAUGAUGAGGCAACAGGAAAUCCUGAACGGUAUUGCUGUGACGGAUGAAAAUGGCAACAAACUGGGCCACUCUACGAAAGCAGCGGUUAAAGGAAUCACUCAGGUGGUCGUCUCUCGGAUCACCAUGGCUGCACCGGGAAUGAUCAUCCUCCCCAUCAUCAUGCAGAGGAUGGAAAAAUACAAGUUCAUGCAGAGAAUCACGUAUCUCCACGGACCGAUUCAAGUGAUGAUGGUGGGAGCGUUUUUGGUCUUCAUGGUCCCUGCUGCCUGCUCCCUGUUCCCUCAGCGAUGCUCGAUGGCCGUGUCCAAGUUGGAGCCCGAGCUGAGAGACUCCAUCGUAUCUCAGUACGGAGACGCCGUACAACGUGUCUACUUCAACAAAGGCCUCUGAGGCGGGGAGGGCUGAUUAGCAUUAUCUAUUUGACACGCAAGAGCCGAAUACAUAAGCGUGUUAUUUGUCUUCGUUUUCUAAUCAUUAGUCACAAUGAAAUGCUCUUUUUCCCUUUUUCGUCAUCUUUUCGAAUCAGUGCUUGUUGCUGGGAACUCUCUGGAUUGUUGAUCAAUCAUGUCGCUUUCUUUUAAUACACGGGGUUACUGUGUACUCCUGUGGAGAAACCAAAUGAUCUCCUCUCAGGAACACGCACAAUACUUUUAGCUACAUUAACACUCUGUUAGUUUGUCCCCUCAUGGUGCAACUCAUCUGUUUUCAUUGGCUGUUUGUUGGCGUGUCGGUGCUCUUACAGCUUCCUUACAAUCUGUGCCUUCCCUACAAAGCGACAGGAACAACAACACUGCUGGGUUUUCUUUUUAACCAGUAUUUUCUUCACUGUGAAACCAGAACAGUACUUCUAUGCAUGGGUUAACUCUAAAACGGUCAUUCAGCGUGGUGUGGACGUAGGGAGAUAAAGGUGGAGGAUACUGCCCUCUUCUGCCAGAAUGGAGGUAGAUGUAUUAUGACUUGUUGGCACAGUUUAUCUGAAAGGUUUGCCGAUGGGAUCUUUUCACUGUGUAAACUCGGACUUGUGCCACAAUCCUCAGUAUAAGCUGAAAUAAAACCACAUACAUUUUUGAAAUAUA